AUGCAGUUCUCCGUCAAGGCCCUCGCCACCCUGGCCCUCUCGCUGCACGUCGGCCUCGCCGCCUGCGCCACCGCGGCCGAGGAGUUCCUCGCCCAACACCCGGACAUCCAGGUUGGCCGUGCUGCGCUCACUGCCGCCGAGGCCACCCACGGCCCGGACACCUUUGGCAUCGUCAACAAGCCCGUGGCCAACGUUGUCCUGUACCAAGAGUUCAACGCCGACACCCACGACCGCAUCUCGGCCGUGGCCCUCGUCGACGACGCCGAGGCGGAGGCCUACUACAACAAGUACAACAAGGACGGUGACGCCGUCGGCAAGGUGAUGAAGCGCUUCGAGGCGCGCGCGGACGACGCGUCGGCGUCCAAGUGCAAGCGCGAGGAGCCCCGCGACCUGUUCGCGCGCGCUGCGCGCUGCGGCCAGUUCUGCUCCCGCAGCUUCAGCUGCACCGUGGACGCCCGAUGCCCGUCUUGCAAGUACCCCUCCUGCUCUGCGCCUCCGCCGGCGACGAGGAUCAAGUUCGUUUCUCCCGCCUCGACACCCGACACCCGACCACAGGCACAGCCCGCGAACGAGGCCCUCAGAGCCGCCAAGAAGAGGGCCAUGACCAUCAUCGAGAACAUCGAGCGCAACUCGCAGCCGCGCGUCUCCGCCGACCUGGGCGACCACACGAUCAACUACCUCGUCGAAGCCGACAUCGUCUUCCUCUGCAUCUGCGUCGACCCGUACCCCACCGACCUCGCCUUCAUCUACCUCGCCGACCUCGCGCGCGAGUUCCUCAACCAGGACCGGCUCGAGCGCGUGCACAGCCAGUCCAUGAACCGGUCCUACGCCUUUGGCGACUUCGAGACCACCAUCGCCAAGACGUGCAUGACGUACAACCACCCGCGCGCCGUGCAGAACUUUGCGCAAAAGGGCGGCGCGCCGAAGCCCCCGCAGAACCUCGACAAGCUCAACGCAGAGGUCAGCGAGGUCCGCGGCAUCAUGUUCAAGAACGUCGAGGACCUGCUGCACAGGGGCGAGAGCUUGGAGUCGAUGAGCGAGAUCAGCAGCAGGCUGCGCGACGACAGCAAAAAGUACAGGCGGGCGGCGGUGCGCAUCAACUGGGAGCUGCUGCUCAAGCAGUACGCGCCGUUUGCCGUCCUGGGCUUCAUCUUUCUCGUCUUCUUCUACUACCGCUUCUUCUAA